CGCCACGAGGCUGACCAGGCCGCCAUAGCUAGGGCUGAGCUGGAGAAGAGGGUGGAGAGCCUCCUGGAGGAGCUGGCCUUCCUCAAGAAGCUCCACGAGGGCGAGGUGGCUGAGCUCCAAUCCCAGGCUCAGUUCGGGACCCAGGUGGCGGUCGAGUCUGAGGCCGCCACGCCAGACCUCUCCGGGGCUCUGAGGGACAUCCGGGCCCAGUACGAGAGGCUGGCAGCGAGGAACAUGCAGUCAGCUGAGGAGUGGUUCAGAGGAAAGGUGGGCUCCCUGACCGAGAGUGUGGCUCAGCACACCGACGCCAUAAGGAGCUCCAAGGACGAAGCAGGAGAGUACCGGCGUCAGCUCCAGGCCCGUCUGUUGGAGAUCGAUGCGUGCAGAGGCCUCAACGAGUCCCUGGAGAAGCAGCUACAUGAGAUAGAAGAGAAGCAGAUUGCUGAGAUCGCCACCAUGCAGGAAACCAUUGCAGAGCUGGAGAAGGAGCUAAGGGGCACCAAGCAGGAAAUGGCCUGCUACUUAAAGGAGUACCAAGACCUCCUCAAUGUCAAAAUGGCUUUGGACAUUGAAAUUGCUGCAUACAGGAAGUUACUGGAAGGGGAGGAGUCUCGCUUUAAUGUGGGCGUGUCCAGCAUGUACAGCCACGCCUUGUCAGCCCCGCCCUCCUUCACUCGGCCGGUCUUCUCCAGCCUGACCUCCAGUUCCCCCUAUUUGAUGACGUCCCGCUUCCUCAGCUCCACCUUCACAACUACGGAGGAGGUGAUCUCAUCCAGCCAGGCCCAGAAGGCAGAGGCUACCCCAGCCGAAGAGGAGGAAGAGGAGGCAGUGGAGGAGGAGGAGGAAGAGGCAAAAAAGGAGGAGGAGGAGGAGGAGGAGGAGGAAGAGAAGGGAGAGGAAGCAGGAGACGAGAAAGAGGAGGAACAGGAGGAGGAAGCGGAGGAAGAGGGAGAAGAUAAGGAAAAGGGAGAUGAGGAGAAGGAAGAUGUGGAGGAAGCCAAGACAGGAGAAGAAGGCGGCGAUGAGGGCGAGGACAACGGCAACGCUGCAGAAGCAGCUGAGGACGAGAAAGAAGAAGAAGAGGUGACCGAGGGCAAGGAGGAAGCGGAGGAGAAGGAAGAAAAAGAAGAGGGCUCUGAUGACAAAGACGAGAGGGAGAAAGAGGAGGAGAAGGGAGCAGAAGGAAAGAGCGAGGAGAAAACGGAUGCCGCAGCUGACCCCAAGACGGAGGAAAAGGGCGACGAGGAAAAGGAUGACAAAGCUGGUGCCAAAGAAGGGAGGGAUGAAGGGAAAGCGGCCAAAGGCGAGGCGUAGAGCGGGGAGGCCUGUGGAGGAGAAGAAGAGAGGUGGAGCUCAGAAACCAACGGGUAAGAAGUAAACCAGCCACAGCGUCCCUCAGUCGAUAAGCUACCCCAGUACAAAUAUCCGCUUGGCAAAAACAAGACACGUCCUGCCUACUACUCUCAUGUCUGCUUGUUAACACGGUGCUCAGUCAAAACUGUCAGGUAGAGCCAGCCACAGCAAGAGACCAAGGUUAACUGCUUGCCAAUAUUCAGCGUGAUCAAUAAAGAUCUGGUCACACAGUUCCCAGCGUGUGUUUGUGUCAAAUAGUGUCUCG